AUGGACACUGAUUCGGCUUAUAUCGCUUUCAGCUGUGAUAAUCCAUUUCAAGACUGUAUCAAGCCUGACCUACGAACCCACUUCAAGGAGCAUAAAUACGAUUGGUUCCCACGCGACUACAACACUGAGGUAGCUAAGUUUGAUCGCCGUACGCCUGGUUUGUUCAAAGAUGAAUGGUCAGGUGAUGCUAUGGUCUCACUAUCGAAUAAGAACUAUAUUUGCUACCUACCUAAUGAGACAUACAAAGUAAAGGUUUCAGCGAAGGGUAUUCAACAGGGAAGUGGUCGAAACAAUGGUGUUCUUAAUCCUGAUGGGUUUGAGACUGUCGUACGGGAUCGCAUCACGCUACAAGGUACAAACAAGGGGUUCAGACUAUCGAAAGAAACCAAGUCUAUCAUCACCUAUACUCAAACCAAAACAGCGCUUAACUACUAUUAUGACAAACGUCGAGUACUUGGUGAUGGUAUCACGACUGAACCACUUGAUAUUUAA